AUGCCUCGUUCUAAGCGUGCGCGCGUCGUCCACGAGUCUAAGACCGUCAAGAAGGACCACAAGGAGCAGACUCGCCGUCUGUACGCCAAUAUCCGGGAAUGUCUCGAGGAAUAUGAUCACCUGUUUGUCUUUUCGGUGGAUAACAUGCGGAACACCUACUUGAAGGAUGUGCGCGCCGAGUUUGGAGACAGCCGUCUCUUCUUCGGCAAGACCAAGGUUAUGGCCGUCGCCCUCGGCACUACCCCCGAAAAUGAAGCCGCUGAGAACCUGCACCGUCUCUCCACUUACCUGACCGGUGCCGUCGGUCUGCUCUUCACCUCUCGCCCCGCCGACUCCGUCACCCAGUACUUCGAGAACUUCCGCCCCUCUGACUUUGCCCGUGCCGGCACCGUGGCCACCCGCUCUUUCACUCUCCCCAACGGUCUGGUCACUGCUCGUGGUGGUGAGAUCCCCGCCGACCAAGACGAGCCCGUCAGCCACACCAUUGAGCCUGCCCUGCGCAAAUUGGGCAUCCCCACCCGUCUGGUCAAGGGCAAGGUUAUGCUCGAGCUGACCAAUGGCCAGGAGGGCUUCCCCAUUUGCCGUGAGGGUGAGACGCUCGACUCCCGGCAAACUACCAUCUUGAAGAUGUUCGGUGUGACAUCUUCCGAGUUCAAGGUCGAUCUUAAGGCUCAAUGGACACGGGAGUCUGGAGAGAUUAAGAUCCUGGAGCAGGGUGGCAUGGACACUGAUGCUUAG